AUGAAAGAUCAUUUAAUAAAAUCAUAUUUAAAAUUAAUAGCAAUUGGAUCGAUUGGAUUAUUUUCAGGAAUUGCUAUAUCAUGCAACUUGAUUGAUAUACCAAUCCUAUUAAAUAUAUCAAAAAAGGAUAAACAAAAAGCUGCAACAUCAUUUAAAACACUCUAUACUUUGGCAGCUCCACCACAAGCAAUCAUGUCAUUGUUGGCUGCCACUGCUGGUUUGGUUUUAUUCUUUAGAACUAGAGCCAAAGGUAGAUGGGCUUUAUUUACCAUUUUAUCAUUACUUCCUGUUCCAUUUACACUUGCAUAUAUGGGUCCCUUAAUUAAUAAACCUUUAUUAGAAAUGGCAGAUAAUUAUCAACCAAAAAUCCAUGAUGAUAAAGUUGAAUCGUUGAUUCUCCGUUGGAGACAAGCUCAUAGUGUUAGAAUUCUCUUUUCUUUGAUGGGUUUUGGUGUUGGUUUGGGAACUGUUACUGGAUUAUUUUAA